AUGGCAACUCCCGCUGACGAGACCGAAACCACCUCGCUAGCCCAGCGAGCACCGGUUGAACUUAUCCCAUCAAGAAGCUGGCAUCUAUGGUUAAUGGUAGUGCCUGGUCUAGUCGUCUUAACGUACGACGCGACCCUCGAGCAGAAGAACCCGUGUAUUCGAUCUCAAUUGAGAAGCUCUUCACUCAGGCUGAAAUGGGGUGUGGGAAUUCCCUUUCUGAAAAGCCCUAACACUGAGACUACGAUUGAAAGUGAAUCUGCGAUGUCAUUCCCUUAUCCCACUGCAUUUCGAAAGUUACUCGAGUCUCGCCCGCAGAGACAGGUGCUAGAGACAAUACAUAUCAAAGGCGAUAAUUUUUUCUUAAGUUUAUUGUCUGGUCUCCCGGGAUUAGGGAUUCUCUCGGCUUUCGUUUCGGGACUAUCGUACGAGGCAAAGACUGGUCCUAUACUAGACGAAGAGAAUAGACAGGAGCCUCUGGCCCAAGAAGAAUAUGGAUCCAGAGGAAUCACCCAUCAGCAAUGGGGCAUGUGCUAUUCAGUGUUUAAAUUCACGCGCACCUCGGCCAUUGAGCGUGAGAUCCUGAUCCAACCUACAUAUGUGACCAUAGGUAUAUUCCGCCGUGGUCAAAAUAAUCCGCAAGAGCGGAUUGUGUUCGUUGCUCACCCAGCAAUGCUCUUCGGGGAGCUUCGCUGGGGUAUUUUCCGGCUUCGCGGGCUGAGCAGUGCCUUCUUAUCUUUGAGACAGGUCAAGACUUUUAGAUUGUAUAGAUGUAACCAUCAAGAGGGAACCCAUGAACGCAUCCAUCUUGAUAAGAAUGAGGCCGCGGAUUUGCAGGUCCUUCUGCAUAUGUAUAAGAGCUGGUUUGUCCCUGGCCAUAUUGCGCUGGCUUGGGCGAACUGGAUCCAUCAGACGCUGAAUAACAGCUCGCUCGAUGUGGUCGAUGGGACGUAUGCGAUUGAGGUUGUGCUCGAUUGGUCGGCGAAACGAAUCUCAAUUGUGAUACUCUUUCCAGUGCUGCUGAGCUUAGCAAUAGGACUCUGGCUUAACUCAGCCGCCUGGACAGACCUCGCAACUAUACAGACCGCUUGGGGUACUGCGUCAUAUGUUGUUACUGCUGGAGGCCUGCUUGCAGCAUUGCUGGCUAUUAUCAGCAGCAUUGCGAAUGAAUAA